GUGUGGGCCGACGUGGAAGCCGACGAAGCGACCUCUGACAAGUUUGACUUGAUUGACGGCCCCGAGCCGUUGGAGACCCUCCUCGCCCAGUCGUGUGGGAGCAGUGGUUGGGCAUUGCAGCGCGGUGGGCCGCGCGCUCUGGCCCUUGCGAGACUGAGCUCCGAAAUGGCGGCGAAGCGUGCACUUGGCCCUGGGGCCGUGCGCAGGGUAGAGUGGAAGUCCCUUGCUGAGCGGUGGCGGAAAGAUGGCGAUGUAGUUUUUCAAUGUGAUUCGGCGCGUUCUCGCAAAUUACGCGUGCCUGGCGUGAUCCACGACUUCGCUGUUCACAAGAAGAAGUACAGGAGCGUCGGCGGCAAGAGGGUGCUCAUUUUCCCCGAGUGCGCCGAGCUGAAGAAUCGCGCACUCCCAUCGGGCAAGCACCUCAGGGUCAUGAGCGGCGCGCAGAUCAUUGACCGUGCGUGGCGCUUCAUCAGAGACCGCAUGCGCAGGGGCGCCAAUGCCGAGGCGGAAACCAAGCUGCUCGCCACAAGAUCCGGCGGCGCGUGGGCCAUGACGGGGGGGGCGGGGCAGCGCAUCAUGCGCGACGUGCUGACGGCGUGA